AUGCAGGCUCUAUCGGACGGAUACAUCGACUGCUGUCCGUCGGAAAUGCUAGCGGACACGGGGGCCAUAGCGAGUCUGGUGGACAGGAGGGUGCUGAGGAGGCUCGGACGUGACUCGGAGCCUCUCAGACCCUACAAGGGAACGCUAGACAGCGGGUCGAGACACGCGCUCCGUGGAGUGAUUGACCUCCCUGUGACGCUCGAAACGCUAGAGAAGAUGCUGCCCUUCGUUGUGACCGACCACUUGUUUGUGGACGCGAUCCUUGGAACAGAUUCGUUGAAGGCGUUCCGCGCUGUGAUAGACCUCGAGGAGCAGUCGAUGACGCUGAAGGGAACAGGGGACGUGAUUCCCCUGGGCGUGACGAGAGUGGAGGAGACGUAUGCCGCCACGAUAUCGUCGUCUGUACGACUGGAACCCGGUCGCCAAGCUCUAGUGAGGUCAAGGGUUCGAGGAGCCGUGAAGGAUAAGUCAGUCGUGUUAGUCGAGGGCGCUCCAGGAACGGAUGAUUCGCUGAGAGUCGCUCGAACGCUGUGCACGGUGAUUGCUGGAACGGUGCUGGUCGAGGUGUGCAAUGCUUCUGCUGAAGAGGUGGAGGUCAGGUCUGGGGCUUGCCUCGCUGCUGUGACUGUCGUACCGGUGUCGGCCUUCGCGGCCGAGACACCUGAGCGAGAGAGAACGUCGAUGAACAUCAGCGCGGUGUUAAGCGCCUUUGGUGGGAACAUCGAGACUCGGGUUGAGACGGAAGAGGCUGAAAUGGCCGCUGCAAUGAAGAACGGGGACGACGAUGACUUUGAGGUGGACUUCCAAGACUCGUCGUUGGGGGCGGAACAGAGGAGACUCUUCGUGGAGAUGCUAAAAGAAAUGCGAGAUUUGUUCGUCGAGACUUCCAAGAAGCCGGGGAAGACGGAGCUCCUGAGAUUCAGCAUUGACACUGGAGAGCAUGCGCCGAUCAAGCAGCCCCCGUACCGGGUUUCGAAGGCUGUAGGGGACGUCAUGGAGUCCGAGAUCCAAGAAUAUCUGGACCUUGGUCUCAUCAGGCCUUCCACGAGCCCGUGGGCGAGUCCGGUGCUCAUGAUAAGGAAGCCCGAAGGUGGUAUUCGAUUCUGUAUCGACUACCGGAAGUUGAACGCCGUCACAGUGAAGGACAGCUACCCGAUGCCUCUGAUCGACGACAUCUUGGAUGUUCUGGGGAACGCCAAACUCUUCUCGACCAUGGAUAUCGCCUCUGGAUAUUGGAACGUUCCGAUGGACCCAGACAUUGUAGAGAAGACGGCGUUCACGAGCAUGUUUGGACUAUAUGAAUGGCUGGUCAUGCCGUUUGAUUUGUUCUACCUGGACGACUGUGUCGCAUUUAGCGACGAUUUCCCUACUCAUUUAGUGCGAGUGCGCCAAGUCUUGGGACGCUUUAAGAAGGCCGGGUUCAAGCUGAAGAUGAAGGAGUGUCACUGGGGACGCGAUCAAGCUGCGUUCCGACAGCUCCAACGAGCGCUGGUGAAGCCUCCUAUCCUCGUGUACCCUAAUUUCAGGGAACGGUUCAAGCUCUACGUGGAUGCGUCACACUUGGCCGUAGGGGCGUGUCUGAUGCAAGAGGUCGACAAGCGAGAUCGAGCCAUUGCGUAUGCUAGCAAGAUGCUGGUGGGCUCCCAGCGGGACUGGAUCUACAAGACGAGCGGAACUACAGAGAUUGAAUGUUGGGAAUCGUGUGGGCUACACGCAAGUUUAGGUGCUACCUAG